GGUGGGGACUGGGGUCUGGGCCUGGUAUGUGGCAUCCAUUUAAAAACAAUUGAGCAGAUAACGAGCGGCGAUAAGCAAAAGCAACCGUAGCGUGGUUGCAUGCAUGGAAUCCACAAAGUGACGACGGGCAUUUAGUUAGUUAGAGCUGGCUAUGGCUGUGAUAAAAGUAUUCAUUCGCUUGUAGGGUGCAGCCAUGUUGGGCACAGAAUCGCUGCAGACGGUUUAUAACAUGAGCAUGAUGUAUGCCAUGGUAUGGACCAUCAAUAGACACUAUGCAAGCGACUCCUCCAAUCCGCUAACGAUUGCACAGUUCGCCACUUGGGAGACGAGUCGCAGCUAUCACAAUGAUUUGAUCGAUGCAGCACUGCAGCUGGCGUCUGGCGCGGCACGCAUCAAGUUUCUAACGGAGGGCGAGCGCCUGGACGAGAGUCAUGCCGAUGAAGAGCCGGAGCCAGCGCCGCUCAGCGGUCUCAAUGGUCGCGAUACGGCCAUCUGGCUGCUGGACAGCCUGCGCGCCUACAAGCGUCUAGAGCGGCAUCUGCUGCUCCCACGCAGCUGGUACAAGCGCAAUGGCUUCUACUGCAUUGUGUACACCGGAGCGGAGCGCGGCCGCAUCCAGACCAUCAAGGAGAUCUUUCGCCGCCUUCUGGACAUCUAUGUGAUCAAUGUGAAUGUGUUUCUAGUGGAGCGUCUCAAUGGCACCGUCCAGGUGUUCAACUACUAUCCCUACCAGCCGCAUCGCUGUCAGUCGCACCAGCCCGUGCACUAUGCCACGUUCGAGGGCAGCUUGGGCACAGAUCCGACGCUCCACGCGCCGUACAGGUGGCGCUUCUUCGACACCAAGCUGGACGACAUGCAUGGCUGUGAGCUGAUCACCGUCACCUUCGAGCAUCGUCCCUUCGUCAUGAUUGACCGCAGUCCAACUGAGCUGACCGAUGGCGAACGCUUGCACGGUAUUGAGGGCAUGAUUUUUCGUCUGAUGGCCGAGCGCAUGAAUUUCACCAUCAAGCUGAUCGAGCAGGUCGAUCACGAUCGCGGCGUUGUGCUUCCCAAUGGCACCACAACGGGAGCCAUGAGCAAGAUUGUUGGGGGCAGCGCCAACAUAACCUUCGCCUGCUUUAUGUACAACAAGGAACGCUCGGAGAACAUGUUGCCCAGCAUUUCGUACACCAGCUUUCCGAUAGUGCUGUGCGUGCCCGGAGGGCAGCCAAUGUCGCCGCUGCAGCGGCUCAUUAAUCCUCUGGGCGACAAGACCUGGAUGUGCUUGCUCAUCUGCUUGGCUCUGGGCUUUGGCAUUAUUGCCGCGAUGCGAUUGUAUGGAACGCGUCGUCAGCGCGACUUUGUGCUAGGCGAGAGCAAUCGAGUGGCCUGCCUGGUGUUCUGGAUGACGCUGCUGGGCGGACUCCAUAUGCAGCCGCCGCGUCGCAACUUUGCGCGCUAUCUGUUGACGCUGUGGCUGCUGCUCGCGCUGGUGCUGCGCGCCGCCUACACGGGCGAGAUGUAUCUGCUGCUGCAGGACGGACGCGUGCGUGAGCCACUGACAACGCUGGCCGAAGUGCUGGCCAAGCAGUAUAUGUUCCAUCUGAUACCAGCGAUGCAGCCCUUGUUCCGCGAUCUGCUGCCCGUCAUGCACUACAAGCUGGAGGACUUCUAUGAGCGUUCGCUGGUGAGGCUGCGCGACGACGAACAUGCCCAGAUAGUGGUGCCGCUGAUUGAGCCCAGCGUGGCCAUCUUCAACCUGAACUCGGGAGUGGAGCGACCGGGCUUAACUGUCCUGCCCCAGCCGCUGGUCACAGCUCCGCUUACGAUCUACAUGCGUCCGCAUUCGUUUCUGAAGCAGCGCAUGGACUCGCUGAUUAUCAAUAUGAUGUCGUCCGGUCUGGUCCAGCGCUAUCGCCACAUGUAUCUGGACCGCAUCGAGUUCCCAGGCAGACGCAAGCGCAGCAAGGAGCCAACCAAGCUCAGCCUUUGGCAACUGGGCGGCGUCCUUGCCAGUUAUCUCAUGUUGCUGCUGCUCGCCACUCUCAUCUUUCUGCUGGAGAUUGCCGCCGCUGCGCCAGAGCGACGGCGUCUUAGGCGCCUCAUGGAUGCCGCCAACCGUUACGUAGCCUAAAUUAACCAAAAAUCACACGCAAUGUUUUAUUUCAACUUUUAAAUGUCACAAUCAAAUUGGU